AUGCGAGUUGUGAACAUCUUUGUGGCCUUCUGGGCCUGUUCAAAAUACACAGUGCAUGCGUUGCUUGAGGAAACGUUUAUAGGCUUCGAACCUGGAGAUCAAGCCUUGGACAUUGCUGGCGCCACGGUCAUUGCUGAUACAGAUGAUUUCCUGGGUAUCCACAUUGCGCUCAAAAGCUUAGUGGACGACUUCGAGCAGAUCACUGGCACCCGACCCGGGCUCAGCAAUGCCACUACCAAUUCUACGAUUUCGACUUCAGCAACGGGCAUCAUCGUCGGCUCUGUAGGGUCGACACUCAUCCGUCAGCUCUCCGCCGAGAAAGGUCUUGAUGUAUCAGAUCUUGAAGGGAAAUGGGAAGUUUUCAGGACGGCUGUGAUCGCUAAUCCAAUAGCCGGAGUAGAACGGGCGCUGGUUAUCGUGGGCAGCGAUAAACGCGGUACUAUCUUUGGCGUACACACGCUUGCCGAACAAAGUGGGCAAUCUCCAUACCAUUGGUGGGCAGAUGUCCCAACGACAAAACACGCCGCUAUCUUCGCACUGCCAAAAGUUACCGUUCAUGGCCCGCCAUCAGUCAAAUACAGGGGGCUCUUCAUCAAUGACGAAGCACCAGCGUUAGUCACCUGGUGGGCUGUAAGACACAACUCCUCCUACUAUCCUCUCGACACCGAGUUCUACGCCCACGUAUUCGAUCUACUUCUUCGGUUGAAAGCCAAUUACUUAUGGCCUGCCAUGUGGGGAUCGACGACACCAUCCCCAGGCAACAUUUUCUUUACAGAUGAUCCAGGAAAUCAGCAGCUCGCAAAUGACUACGGUAUCGUAAUCUCUACCAGCCAUCACGAGCCGAUGCAAAGAGCCACCAAUGAGUGGAACGCGACUGAGACCGGGCCCUGGGACUGGAGAUUGAACAAAAAUAACGUCACGCGCUUCAUGGAAGAAGGCAUCCGGAGAAUGGGGAAUAACGAGAGUUAUGUGACUCUAGGUAUGCGCGGCCCAAGUGAUAGUGCGAUCGUCGGAGAUGAUGCCUUAGAGAUACUUCGAGAAGUAUUUGAAGUCGAGCGCCAGAUCUUCAAAGAAGUAUUAGGUGAUCAGAAAGUGAAUCAAGCGUGGACAAUAUAUAAAGAAGUAGCGACCUAUUAUGCGGCAGGACUCAGCCCGCCAGAUGACGUUACCAUCAUCAUGCCUGAUGAUAACCAUGGCCAGAUUUUGCGGCUACCCACGGGCAACGAGGGUGCUAGGGAAGGCGGCACUGGCGUUUACUUUCACUUUGAGUAUUUUGGUAGACCGCGAUCGUACAAGUGGUCGAAUACCAACAGCUUGCCGAAAGUGUUGAAAGAGCUCUUGCAGGCUUACUGGCGCGAUGCGAAUCAGGUUUGGGUCAUCAAUGUUGGUGACAUCAAGCCUUUGGAGCUACCUUUGGGAUUCGCUAUGGACUUAGCUUGGGAUGUCUCGAAGUUUGACUUCGACAUGAUACCAGAAUAUCUGCGCCUUUACGCCGAGCGCGAGUUUGGUCCCGAACAUGCCGAUGAUACUGCGGCUCUACUGAUGGAGUUCAACUAUCUUAUUGGAAUGCGCCGCUUUGAGAUGGUCCAACCAGACACGUACUCAGUAUUGAACUAUCACGAAGCCGAAACGAUCCUAAAAAGAUGGAACACACUUAGGCGCGAAACCAAAGCAUUAUACGACCAGAUGCCGCGCGAUCACAAAGCCGCCUUCUACGAGCUAGUGUUCUAUCCCCUAGUAUCAGGCGCCACAUAUUACGCUGUAAACAUUCGCACCGCAAUGAACUACCGACAUGCUAUGGAGCGAAGAAACUCAGCAAACGCCCUCGCUUAUGAGAUAUUGGCCGACUUCGAAUAUGACUACAAUCUAGUGGAAGGUUUUGACGCUAUCCUGAACGGAAAAUGGCGUCACAUCAUGUCUCAGGCCAAAUUCGAAACAUUCGACACAGGAAAGCCCAAGAAUUGGAUGAAUCCAUCCCGUGACAUAGUCUCGAAUCUCUCUUUCGUUCAACUGCGUCAAAACAUGCAGUUCUCUGUUGGCAAUCUCGGUAUCUAUGCAGAGGGCUCCAGUAGUCCGCUCGACCAGGGCCGAUGGGCUGAGUCAAUCGAUCCAUCGUUGCCUUUCACCAAGUCUCCAGCCAAAUUGCCGGAGAUGAGUCCUUAUGGGCCUGCUCAGCGGACCAUAGAUUUCUUCACGCGGGGCGAUUACCGCAUUCCGCUCGACUGGCAGCUCGGCGAUAUUCCGGUGGAUUGGUUGUCGAUAACACCAAGCUCUGGUCGACUCAACCAAACCGUAGACGAGCAACGGCUCAACAUCACCAUCGACUGGACACGGGUGCCGGAAGGAUACAACGACACCGUAGAGGUUGGUGUAAUAUCAACGCCAUCAUUUUACCCAUACUACGACAUCAUACAUGUUCCAGUACACAAUUUUAAAGUACCCAGCGAUUUUCAAGGCUUCCCAGAAACAGCAGGUUACGUAUCCAUUGAGAGCCCGCACUUCCAGCGUUCGUCAUUCCGUAACGGCACUAAAAGCAACAAGAUAUCAUUCGCUCAUAUUCCCUACCUGGGCACGCGCACCGAAUCUGGCUCUAUCGCAUUACGGCCUUUUCAUGCUGCUCGGCUUGAAGACUCUACCACGGCAUUUGUCGAAUACGACAUCUAUCUCUUCAACCAUACCACCGCACUAAAUGUGACGAUCUACAUCAAUGCUUGCCUCGAUACCGACCCUAAUCUUCUCAUGGAGUUCUCGCUUUCUCUUGAUGAUACCGCUCAAAACUUCACACGUGUGUUGGGUGAUCCGAAGGAUGCGGGCGAUGUGCCACCAGAGUGGACGAGUGAAGUUAUGAACCAGGUUUGGACGAGGAGAAUCAGUCUUGGUGAGGCAUCGGAAGGGAAACACACGCUUCGUUGGAGUGUCAAUAGUCCUGAGGUCUACUUGGAGAAGCUUGUUGUGGAUACUAGGGGCGGGGUCAAAGACAGCUAUCUAGGGCCGCCAGAGACGAUGAUGGUUGGAGAUCCAUGAGGAUAGUACAAGGUCGCUCGCAUUCGGACAAUCAUUAGGCAGCUCCUCUCAAUAGACAUCACUCCGUGGAUACCGUCAGGCCCUCGAAGCGUUCCAUACGAUCGGCGCCUUUUAUACGAAGUUUCACACCAUAAAUAUAGAGCUACGUGAUG